AUGUCUGCGAGUCAGGCCGCGCAGACACUCAACCAAGAUAGCGGAAGUGACUCAGGAGCGAGUAGCCCUUCACAUGACUCAGAAGCCAAGAACUCUGAGGAGACAAUCACGAAACAAUUCUUAAUGGAACAACUUGACGUACUUACGCAAAAACUACUUACAUCUUGGACAAAAAGCUUUGACAGCUUGAAGAAAGACGUCCAAGAAAUGGGGACCCGUAUCUUGCAUGUGGAGGAGAAAAUGGAAGAAUAUAUGGAGGCGCAUAACAACUUGGCAGACCAUGGGCAAGCAAUGGAGGAGAAAGUGCAACAAUUAGAAAACAAACUUAUAGACCUAGAGGAUCGAGCAAGGUGGAAUAGCCUCCACAUUAGGGCAUCCCCAAAGAAUUGA